AUGGCGCCCACGCCUCUCACCCUGGCUGUGGGGCCCACAGAGAACAGCGUGAGGGUGCAUCCGGUGGUGCUCUUCACCAUCACCGAUGCCUUUCUGCGGCGCAAGGAGGAGCAGGAGCGCGUGAUUGGCACGCUGCUGGGCACAAUUGCCGAUGGCGUGGUGGAGGUGAAGAACUGCUAUGCUGUGCCGCACAGCGAGAGCCAUGACCAGGUGGCGCUGGAUGUGCAGCACCACCACACCAUGGCGGCCCUGCAGCACCGCGUCAACUCGCGGGAGCAGAUUGUGGGCUGGUUCUCCACCGGCGACCCCGACGCCUCCCGCUCCCGCGACGCCCUCAUCCAUUCCUUCUACGGCAACGAGUGCCCCAACCCGGUGCACCUGGCGCUGGACACGAGCGGGCAGGGCGGCACCAUGAGCGUGCGGGCGUUUGUGUCGUGCGCGCUGUCCAUCGGUGGGCGAGAGCUGGCGCGCGAGUUCUCAGAGGUGGACUGCGAAGUGCGCAGCACCGAGGCGGAGCGCGUGGGCGUGGACCUGCUCAGCACUGAGCUGCAGGAGAAGCUUCCGGGCGACAUGGAGGGGCUGGCGGACUCGUUUGAGCGGCUGCAGCAGAGCUUGCAACAAGCGCAGGACUAUGUGGAUGCGGUGGUGGCGGGCAAGCGGAAGGGCAACACCGCAAUUGGGCGAUACUUGGCAGAGACGGUGGCGGCGGUGCCGCACUUUGGGCGGGAGGAGUUUGAGCGCAUGCUAACGGACCAGCAGAACGACUGCACGCUCGUCCUGUUCCUCUCCAAGCUCAUCCAGGCGCACCUGGCGCUUGCCGACAAGCUUGGCACCAUGCAGCUGCCGCUCCUCUGA